UCCGGUCUCUGCCAAACUCGGGGACUGCACGAACCGGUCUUAGUAUGACGCGGUCUCAGAAGGGCUGUAUUUGCAAAGACAUCGUCCGGCAUCUACAAAUAUGGUGCAUAUACCUAUUUCUGAAAAGGCCUGGUCAUAAUUAGGUCCAUCCACUGAAGAACAGACAAAUAGGGAAUGAGAACACCACUGAAGUAAUUUUAAGGACAUUCUACCGAACGAGCACCGUAUAGAAGAGGGAAAUCAUUAAAGUGGCUUUAGGAGCUUUGUCGGGAAGAACUUGCUGUGUAUAAGUACAUUUUUUUGUUUUAUGAAGAGAUACUUGAAUAACUUCAUCACAAUGACAUAAAAUCCUAGGACGCUGUGCGAAACACCUAAUUUGUGUAUGUAAUUUGUGAAACACCAGUAGUAUUAGGCAGUCACCCGGUUACGUGCUUCAGAAUGAAUAAAGAAUAUAAAAUUAUUCCUUCGGGUGAAACUGUGUCCAAUGUAUGGUAUUAACCAACGUUUUGACAAACAUUACAGUUGUAAUUUUCCAGGUGACGAGAUCUGAAGGCCCCACUUUGAAAGUGCAACUGCAGUUUGGUGAAACGUGGGUUAAUAGUAAGCGUAAGUUAUACAUUGAACUCCAGCUGUGAAUGUUUAUGGACAAGCUUUAUUCAGGUUUCUACUGCAAAAUGUAUGGGAGAGAGAGAAUAAAUACAUUUCGUUGUUCUUUUGAAUACUCUUAUUAUCUGAUGGUUUGCAACUGCUGGAUAGUUUUCAGUCGAUUGUGCCAAUCAGUUUCAUUAUCUUCAUACCGAGAUUGCAGAUAUUAUGUUGGUAUUACUUGUGGCAGUUGUAGCGACUUUGUUACAGGAGUCGUGGAGAUUUCUUAAUCGUUCAGUCUGUCAUAUUUGCAAUUGUAUUUUACUUCUGUUGUGCUAAUUGAUGCGGCAGAGAGAUUGAUGAACUAUUAGAGAUUUUGAUUUAGUUUAUAUUAAAACAUUAUGGUGAGUGUUGCAUUCAGUGACUUCAUGGUCCAAUUGGUUGAAUAUAUGAUAAGUAAAGGGAAGCUGGAUGAUGAUGAACAUGAUGACGAAAGUUCAGUAAGCACCGAAGGCCCACCAGUAAGGAAAUUAUGUGUGGGAAAUAUAAGUGAUAGGACAUCUUACUCUGAUCUACGUCGUCUUUUCCGUCAGUACGGGAAGGUUGUUGAUGCUUAUAUUUCAAGACAUUUAGUUACCCAGGAAAGAAAGAAAUAUGGCUUUGUGAUAUUUAAGUAUCCAGAAGAUGCAUUAAGGGUGUUGAAAUUGAAACGCGGAGAGCUGAGGCUUCAUUUUCGGACUUUAAAUGUGGCACCAGCCUACAGCUGGCACCAACCAGUUGAACUGCCAGAUGGAAGAGUCUUGUGGAAGUCAAAUUCCCAUGGUAGGAAGCAUGACCCGUGUCAGGAGAUAGAUUCACCGGAGUCGCAGACUCAUAAUAAAGCCACGACCCCUUCUGGGAGUGAGUCUACUUUGGAUGACGAGAAGGAGAGUGAAACAGUCGGCGGAUGUGACCUUCCUUCUCAGACGUCCGCCCGUGGUACAGUUGAACAGCAGCAGGAAGGAGAAACAAAGAAUGGCAAAGUAAAAAGGAGAGAAGUGAAGGGAAAGUGUAAAAUCCAUAUUCUCAAUGAUGAUUGCCUCAUGCAUAUAUUCUCGUAUCUUACCACAAAAGAGAGAUUUAGGAUUGAGAUAGAAUUCUUUGUGCAGUUUGUAAACGUUGGAGAGCCGUAUGCUGGGAAAUUUGGGGAUGCCAGAAACACUUGGAUUUCACAUCUCUAUCUUUUAAAACUACCUUUCUCUGAAUCAUACUUCAAAAGGCCAAUACUUGAGGCAUUUUUGAAACGAUAUAGAAAUCUCCAAAGUCUUGAUCUGUCUAAAUGGCCUGAUUACCUAGAUGAUUCAGAAUGUAGAAUUAUCGCUACCUACUGUAAAAACCUUCGCUGUCUUAAUCUUGCUCGUUUGAUGAUACCUUCAAGUGGUCUCAGAAUUUUGUCAACCAUUAGUCAUGAACUGAGAGUGCUCAACUUGGAUAAUUGUUCAAACAUUUUUGAUAGAGACCUUCAGAGAAUGUUUCAAGAUUCUCCACACUUGGAAUCUGUUUCAUUAACCUACAACAGUCUGACAGGAAAAUGUCUUCGAUGCCUGGCACGCGCACCACUGAAGACAUUGGUGCUGGAUGACUGUAGGACGAUCCAACCCGAGAGUCUUUUGAGUGGACUUCGUGAACUCAAGAGUCUUACUAGCCUUAGCCUCAAUUCUUGUGUUAAGUUGUCCAGCAGUGAUGUGUCAGGUAUCAUGGGUGCUGUCCCAAAACUACGAUCAUUGUCAUUGGCAGAUUAUUACUACCCUGCAAUUUAUACAGAUUUCGGAGCACUGGAUCAGCUACAUGACCUUAUUAGCUUGAAUCUUCAUUUUAAUUGUGCUGUUAAUGGAUGCCAUCACAAGAAAUUGUCUCAAGAUUGAAGAACUCAACAUAUCAGGUUGCAGUGGUAGUUCUAGGAAAGGAGGUUCUGUAACAGACAGUGGCUUCAGAGGCUUGGCAGCAUUGCCAAAUUUAUUUGACCUGACCAUGAGUUAUAUGGGAAAUAUGCCUGAAGCAGCAUUGGAAGCUGUGGC